AUGGAGACUGCUGACGACAAACGCCAUAAUUACGUGCCCACGGGCAAAGCGCUGGUCGAGACGACUACAACAACGCCGUCUCCACAUUUAAUUAAUCCCAUGCCAGACUUUAAGGAGCCCGAUUAUCUUCGAUUGAUUCUCACGUCUCGUGUAUACGAUAUCGUCAAUGAAACUCCAUUGCAAAAAGCUACAAAUCUAUCGUUCAAGUUGGAUAACAAGAUCAUGCUGAAAAGAGAGGAUCUUCAGGAAGUAUUUUCUUUUAAAAUCCGGGGUGCUUAUAAUAAGAUUGCACAUCUCACUCCGGAGGAGAAAAAAAGAGGGGUUAUUGCUUGCUCUGCAGGAAAUCACGCGCAAGGUGUUGCAUUAUCUGCCAGACAUCUUGGGCUACCAGCCACCAUUGUCAUGCCUUUAGCCACACCAGACAUUAAAUGGCGCAAUGUGAAGCGACUGGGUGCAAAGGUAGUCCUACACGGUUCAGACUUUGAUGAAGCAAAGCAAGAAUGUGCUCGUCUCUCUGAGCUCCAUCAACUUACCAAUAUACCUCCAUAUGAUGACCCAUAUGUAAUAGCUGGUCAAGGCACAAUAGCAAUGGAGAUUCUCCGGCAGUGUAAUCUUGACGAGAUACACGCUAUCUUUGCCUGUGUGGGCGGCGGAGGAUUGAUUGCGGGCAUUGGGAGUUACGUGAAGAAGUUGUGUCCGAACAUUAAGAUCAUUGGCGUAGAGACUUAUGACGCUAACGCAAUGACGCUGUCGUUAAAAGCACAGAAGCGAAUUGCGUUAGAUGAAGUCGGUUUAUUCGCCGAUGGAGCAGCUGUCAGGCUGGUUGGUGAGGAAACGUUUAGAGUGUGCAAAGAAGUAAUAGAUGAGAUGGUUUUGGUGAGCACUGAUGAAAUAUGUGCCGCUAUUAAGGAUGUUUUUGAAGAUACACGUUCGAUAGUUGAACCAGCAGGUGCACUUUCCGUGGCCGGAUUAAAAAAAUAUAUUGCUGAAAAGAAUCUUAGCGGCAAAUGCUGUGUUGCCAUCACAUCUGGGGCGAAUAUGAACUUUGAUAGACUGCGUUUCGUCGCAGAACGUGCCGAGUUGGGUGAACAUCGGGAAGCGUUGAUUUCUGCUAUUAUACCAGAAAGACCCGGAAGUUUUGUACAAUUGUACAAUCACAUCCAUCCGCGUGCUAUAACAGAGUUUUCUUAUCGGUACUCUGAUUCUAAGAAAGCAUGGAUUUACAUGUCAUUCAUGGUUGAGAAUAGAGAAAAAGAAAUACCGACCAUUUUAGCUGCGCUGAAGGAAGACGGGAUGGAGGGUCAAGAUAUUAGCGACAACGAAAUGGCGAAAAGCCAUGCACGAUAUCUUGUCGGUGGGAGAAGUAAUGUUGAGAACGAAAGGUUAUAUCGAUUCGAAUUUCCUGAACGGCCGGGGGCGCUACGCAAGUUUUUGCAGGGUCUCCGAGCUGAAUGGAAUAUUUCUUUGUUCCAUUAUCGAAAUCAUGGAUCAGAUAUGGGGAGAGUUCUUGUUGGAAUUCAGGUAAGCCCGGACGAUUCUGAUGCGUUUGAGUCUUUCAAGAAUAAUCUUGGAUAUCAUGUGGUUGAUGAGACGCAGAACCCCGUAUACAUACAGUUUUUGAAGUAA